AUGACUAAGUCUUGGGUGUCAAGGGACACUGGAGGUAGCCGACUUUUGGAUAGGUCAUCACUUUGGCCUCUUGAUUGUACAGUUCGUGCCGCAUUCUUCCGGCCCGCUCUACCUUUCCUUUUCAUACGCCCUCGCUCUCGUUUAUUUUUCGUCGGUCUUGGCGGCCUCCUUGGGGCCCAGUCCAGCCUUGUUAAUGCUGGCGUCACUCCCUCCGUAGAAUGGAUUACUUUGCUGCCAAAAGGACUAGCUUAUUGCAUCAGCUUGUACUCCUACUUGUGGUCCCUGAGCCGAGCCGUCUGUUGCUUAUGGCCCGCCAAGGAUGUCUGGUUGGCAAAAACAGGACUGGAUUCUUAUAAAAGGACUGGAUACGACCAGUUUAACGAACAUAAACGGCAACAACUGAGUGACGCAUCUGAGGAGGCAGUCUCUGACCUUCGGAUGCAACUGCCCGUCUCAUGGUGCGAAUCCGUGCCUUUUAAUGAACGGACAUCACACCUCGUCUGUCAGACCGUAUGGCAGGAGUUUUCUAUCCACCUGACUCCCUUAAGCUGGCCUCCAAAGGCUGGAGAUCUACGUAUUGCUACUGAGACUGAAGUCGGGACCUCUAUUUCUUGCCUGCAGACUCUCCGGUCGCUCACAAUCACUGGCACUGACAUCAGCAGUCACCUCCGGCAGGACGCUAAUAAGGGAUCGAGUUCGGACGACUUUGAGGUGCAAGCGAUCUCAGAUCUCGAAGCAAGUGACAACUUGGUCCGCUUGACAUCACGAGAAUUGCGCCUGGCUUUAUUUCCUCUAUCCGGGCAGCUCGAAUUGCAAGCGCUUACAGUGCAGAGCACUCGUCUGCAAUAUGUUGAACCCGGCUUUAUAGACCAGCUGGAGGCGCCUCAGCUCCGAGAUAUCCAGCUACGUCAGAACCGCUUCCUCACAACCGAUGGCCUGGGCACUGGCUGGUUGGGGGGCUUGCGUGGUCUGCAACUUCUCGAUCUCAGCCAGAACCGACUGGAAGCCAUCCACUUAGCUCGCUGGGGUCUGCCUUCCGAUCCUAUAAGUCCAGUCAUCCGGCUUGACCUGUCCGACAAUCGAAUC